AUGGUAGUGCAAGGCUCGCGAGCCAAGCCGACUAGGCGCUUAAAAAAGGGCACCGAAACUACCAAAACCCACCGAUUCGAGGGUUUUUCGCAACGCAUCGCGAAGCUCAAAAUCGACCCGAUCCACCGCGUGCGCCGAGCGAGCUUUGGUGAAGAUGAAGGAGAGACGACAUCUUAUUUCCGGUCGGCCCUCGACCACUGGGUUGAUAUGAACUUGUCGGACAAUUUCACGCAGUUUACCCGCCGUGUCAAUACCCUCUCCGAAAGCCUCGCCCAGAUCGUAUACCAUGAAGAGAAGAUUAUGGGCUUGCUCGUGGAAUUUAUUGAGAAGAGGGACCAGCACUCCUUGGAGCCGCUGCUGAGCUUGCUCGCGCAGUUUGCCAGAGAUCUGGGAGUCCGCUUUGAGAAGCACUUUGCUACCUCCGUGACAUUGGUUGCAUCCGUCGCCGCUACACAUCCCGAUGUCGAGGUCGUCGAAUGGAGCUUCACCUGCCUCGCAUGGAUCUUCAAAUUUCUUUCUCGUUUGUUGGUACCCGAUCUCCGCCAACUGCUGAGUAUUAUGACUCCUUAUCUCGGCAAGGAGCGACAGAAGCCCUUUGUUGCCCGAUUUGCAGCCGAGUCCAUGUCCUUCCUGAUCCGCAAAGCCGGCCUCAUCUACUACAAGAAUAAGACGCCUCUCGAAAACGCCGUCUCUUUCCUCUUUGAUGAUAUCACGAAAACCGCCGAUGAUGGAAAGAGCGUCGAGUCUUAUAGGGAGGGUCUCAUGGUUAUGUUUGCGGACGCCAUCAAGGGUGUCAACCAUGGGCUGCAUUCCAACGGAAUUGACGUUCUCCGUUGCGUCCUGGACCAAGUUCCUCCAAGCACUGCGAACAGCCGUGUGCCGGCAGAUGUCGCUUCUGGAGUGGUGAUCAAUCUCAUUCACCACACUACUCCCGAGACAUUUGGCCCCAUUAUUGAUACCGUGAAGGAUUAUAUCGAUAUGCGCACCAAGGAAACCCAUAAUCCUAACUUUUCACAAUGCUGCCGUUUGAUCUUCAUUUGUGUGGCAACUCGAAAAGCUUCCAGAAUCAGAGAUUGGAAGACAGUUCAUCAAACACUUAUGUCUCUCCUCAAACAAGCGGCGGCAAGCCCAGAUGAUUACUCUGAGACAAUUCCCCAGCUACUUGGAACUGUAGCAUAUGCUCUUCAGUUGUCACCAAUGGAUGAAAUGCUGCCAUUCAUGCGCUCCUUCAUGGAUUUAGUUACUACCGGAUCCCUCUCGAAAUACUUCUUGCUCUUCUGCACCACAUUUUCGGAGUGGGGAUCUGAGCGUUUCCAAAGUUUACUGGUUCCAUACUUUCAGAAAUUCAUCAACUCUUCCUGGAAGGAGCAAGAAUUUGAAAUGUGUCUGGCGCUGCUUCGACUUCACGAGACCGGUUGCAUCACACCCGAAGUCUCAAGGCCGGGAUAUGUGUCUUGCCCAGGUGGCCUGAAGACCCGCAUCCAUGACUCUUUGGUUUACCCUGCCAAACAACAAAGCAUUCUAAAUGCGUUGGUGAAGCUUCCAAAGGCGAUCUCCCUGAUUUCGGACCCCGCCACGCUGUCGAAGAUUGUGCAGAGACUGCACGAUAACAUUGUGUCUGCGCUGAAAGAUGCCGCCUCUGAGACAGAUAGCGAGAAAAUUGACGGGCUCACAUUUUAUCUUGGACAAGGUUUCAAGACAUAUGUCGAGCUGGCACAACUGGCUGGAGAGCUUGACUCGAGUCUUUGGGAGCCCAUCCUUGCUGCCUCUACCAAGUUCUCCCGCCUGCCUCUGUUUCUGGAAGGUGUUCUUACAUUUAUAUUUUCCCUCCCGAAGCAAUCAGAGGCGGACACCUCGUCAGUGAACGAGUUUGCUUCCAACUUGAUUAUCAAUUUGGCCAGCCCGUCUCAUCGACUGAGACUCGUUUCUCUUCAAAUAUUGCAACAACUUGUUAUCCAGUUUGCGAAUGAAGAUCCGUCGCCAAUUGCUCUUGCCAUUGAGGUGGAAGAGAGCCCCUUGACCUUGCAGAGCGCGAGGACGGUUCAGAUGCAUGUUCGCAAACUGGCCCUCCUAUAUCCACAAAUUGCCUCUCGCAAAUGGAUGGCUACUUUAAUUCCGUACUUCUGCUUUGGCCUGUUUUCCAAGAAGCUGGCCCCCUUGUGGGAUGAUUCUGCUGCCGCUUUGAAAACCAUCAGCGAACACCCGGAAGGAGAGAAGAUUGUCUCAGAUUUAUCCAUCCAGUGGCUGCAGGAGCGGGACUCUGACGCUACUGGAGACGAUGAACCGGAAGCUGAGAAUGAAAAUUCCUAUGUUUCCAGUGACUUCGAGUGUUUCAACGUCAACAAUAUUGAGCGCACUAUCGGUAACAACCUGGCAACAACUCUGGCCCCAUCGGUAGCCCUCUUCCAACAAUUCCAGAAAGAACACAAGUCUACUGAUCUUGUUCCUGCUCUUCCUCGAAACCAUGCCCUGCAAGUCCUGAAUGCCGCCCCCAACGUGGCUGAGAAGCGAUCUCGUCAAAUUGUACCACUGUUCUUGUCCUGGGCCCUCCGUGAUGACCAGGAUGACGCUCCUGAGAACGAAGUGAAGACCAACAAUGAAAAUUCGGAGGCGCCAAUCCGAUGGGGCUUCAAAGACCGUUUGUCCAUGCUUACUUUGUUCGGACAGUUUUUGAACCCCAAGGUCCUUUUCAAGGCCCCAGAGGUCCAUGAAGCAGUGCUAGGUCUUUUGUGUCACGGUAAUUCGGAGAUCCAGAAAGCUGCUCUCAAAGCUCUCUUUACCUGGAAGAAUGCGCAUGUCCUGCCAUAUCAAGAAAAUCUGCUCAACAUUCUAGACGAGUCCAGAUUCAAAGAUGAGCUCGCAGUCUUUGUACGUGUUGGUGGGGAAGACAGUCUGAUCGAGCAAGAGCAUCGCCCUGUUCUGAUGCCUGUGCUCCUUCGAUUGCUAUAUGGACGAAUGAUCUCGAAGGCGGGUGCCAGCUCGAGUCAAGCUGGCCAAGCUGGCCGUCGGAAGGCUAUCCUGCGUACCCUUUCACAUCUUUCCGAAGAGGACUUUGGACUCUUCAUUCAUAUCUCGUUUGGUCCUCUUGCUGAUGUGGUUAUCGCCAAGGAUAAAGAGAGCGAUGAAAAGGUGUUCUCGGAGGAAUUUACAAGCCCAAGGAGACAGCUCGGUUUGCUCAAAAUGAUCGACACCGUUUUCGACACUCUCCAGAGCCGUAUGGCUCCCUACACCACUCAGACCAUGAAUGUCAUUGUUCACUGUUUGGUGCGGGCCUGCAGAUCGUUGUACGAUGAGAAGAGUGCGCUCUAUGUUGAUCGUCAAGAUGAGCGCCUUCUCUCUAUGUUCCAGAACAUUCGCCAAUCAUGCAUUCGCUGUCUGAGCUUGGUCUUUUCAGUCUCAACUGACACUGACUGGACUCCAUAUGUGCGGAUAAUUUUUCAAGAGUUGAUCGACAACAGGCUAGAGCAAUUCCCCAUCGAGACCGCACAGGGUAUUUCAGGAUUGCUCCGGCUAUUCCACACUUGGGCUUCUGCCCCGAGAUCGACCUUCUACCUGGUGCAGCACAACAAGGAUGUUUUGACCAAGGUGAUUGACUGCCUUGCCAUCGAAUCCGCGCGUGAUGAGGUCAAGAUUUUCGUGUUGGAUGAAAUUCUUGUGCCAUUGGUCAAGCUGGCUAGCGGCAAGAAACUGAAGGACGACGACGAUGAAGAUGAGACAAUGCCAGAUUUUCCCCCUGAGCAGAUUCGCUCCGAGGUUCUGUCUCCUUAUCUCGAGCAUGCCCUCUCCCAUCUCGGUCGCCUUCUGAAGCGAGGUCCUUCGAAGCCUGUGCUGUAUUCAGGUGUCACUGCCCUGUCGCUGACUGCGGCCUGUGUCGAGUCUUCGGGUGAGACCUCUGGCCUCAUCAGCAUCGCGACAUACCUGCUCCGCCAGCCCCCAGACCGUGUCAACCCAAAGACAAAAUCUGGUCUUUUGCGGAUCCUCGAGCACUUCCUUCCUUUGUACAACCCCAAGGACGAUGACGAGCUCUCUCAGCAAGUCUUUGAAGCAUUGUCAUCUAUGUUUGACUAUUUCAAAGAUGAUGCCAACAGAGAGGUCUUGGCAAGAGUUUUCACUGCCCUUGCUACUCAUGAUAAGCAGCUCGUUGAAGUUGCUGAGUUGUGUGCCGAUCUGAACUCUCGUUCUGCGAAGAAACUUGGACCCGACUAUGAGCGUCGCCUACAGGCCUUUACAAAGGUUAACGACGAUCUGUCUCAAACUCUCAGUGCCAAGCAGUGGCGACCGCUUCUCUUCAACAUGCUCUUCCACGUCAAGGACGAAGAGGAACUCGCUAUUCGAUCUAGUUCUACCUUUGGCCUGAAGCGUUUUAUCGAUAGAGCGGCGGCAGAGGCAGGCGACGAGGGCUUCGAGGCUCUUGUCAAUGACGUUCUACUCUCGUCGUUGAAGUACGGGAUUCGGCAGAAGUCUGAACUGAUUCGUUCUGAGAUUGUUGCCAUCCUCGGUUACUUUGUUAAGCUCAACCCCACCAGGCCUUCUGUGCAGGAUAUGCAUGUCCUUCUUGUUGACGAUGACGAGGAGGCAUCUUUCUUCAACAAUAUCCUUCAUAUCCAGCAGCACCGUCGGUUGCGUGCUUUGCGCCGACUAGCUGCGGAGGCUGGUAAAGGGAAUUUGGAGUCCACGAACUUGGGCACCAUUUUCCUCCCUCUCAUUGAGCAUUUUGCCUUCGAAGAAGCUGAGGAUGAAAGCGGUCACAAUCUGAUUGCUGAGGCUGUCGCUACCAUUGGUUCUCUGGCGGAAUGGCUAGAUUGGAGUCAGUUCCGUGCCAACUUCCGCAGAUAUCGCAGUUACAUGCAGAGUAAGCCCGAAAUGGAGAAGAACAUCCUUAGGCUUUUGGGCCGGAUGUCCGAUGCUCUGUCUUGUGCAAUGGAUCAAAAGAAGGGGGGUCAUGAUGAAGCUAGUGGCGAGAACAGCGGCGAUGCCGACAAGAUGGACCUGUCCGAGUCGACAAGUUGCAGACUCGCCAAAACCCUGCCAUCUCUUGCCAAGGUCUCAUCGGAGUUGACAACUAACUUCAUUCCUUUCUUAUCCAACUUCAUUCACCACAAGCAGGGGGCUGAGAUGAGCUUGCGUCUGCCGGCCUCGGUUACGACAAUCAAAUUGCUCAAGAUUCUUCCCGAGGAGGAUUUGGCUAUCCGCCUUCCGCCAGUUCUUCUGGAUGUCUGCACAGUUCUCAAGAGUAAAGCUCAAGAUUCCCGGGACACAGCACGAAAGACGCUGAAUGACAUUGCGCUCUUGCUCGGCCCAGUCUACUUUGGUUACAUCCUGAAGGAGCUGCGAAACACACUUUUGCGCGGUUACCAGCUGCACGUCCUGUCAUUUACCGUCCACUCAAUGCUUGUCAUGACUACGGAUCAUUUCAAUCAGGGUGACCUGGACUAUUGUCUGGAAGACCUAGUCGCUGUUAUCAUGGACGAUACCUUCGGCACAGUUGGACAAGAAAAGGAGGCCGAGGACUAUGUCAGCAAGAUGAAGGAGGUUAAGAGUAGCAAGAGCUACGAUUCUAUGGAGCUUCUGGCCAAGAAUGCUACCAUCCGGCACCUGCCGAGUCUUGUUCGCCCGCUUCAGUCACUUUUGCGGGAGAAGCUCAACUCCAACAUCGUGAAGAAGCUUGAUGAGCUCAUGAGAAGAAUUGGUAUCGGUCUUCUGCGAAAUCCCCUCGCUGAAAGCCGCGACCUACUUAUGUUUUGCUAUGAAAUCAUCAAGGAAUCCUAUCAAGACAAGGCUCCAACUAACGCUAAGGCUACUCGCAAGUCCGAGCGGGAGGAGCGCUUCUUGGUCAGGUUGCAAGGAGGCAAGCGGGGUGAGAAGCGUGGCACGACGUCCUCCCACGUCUACAAGCUGACUCGAUUCGCCCUUGACAUCCUCCGCGCCAUUCUCAACAAGUUCGGCUCGCUUUUGACUGCAGCGAAUCUCUCUGGGUUCCUGCCCAUCAUUGGUGAUGCGCUGGUGCAAGCCCAGGAAGAAGUCAAGGUCUCUGCUCUUCGGUUGCUUUCCACCAUCAUCAAGCUUCCUUUGCCGGAGAUUGAUGACAACUCUCAUGUGUAUUUCACAGAGGCCGUGAAGUUGAUCAAGGAGUCACCCAGCACCAACAGCGAAGCGUCGCAGGCUUCACUCAAGUUGAUUUCCUCCAUGAUUCGCGAGCGAAAGAGCACCAAACUCCGUGAUGGACACCUCGCAUACCUGCUUCAACGCCUGACAGCUGAUAUCGAAGAACCGGAUCGUCAAGGUGUGACUUUCAACUUUAUCCGUGCGGUCAUGUCACGCAAGCUCGUCGUGCCCGAGAUGUACGAGUUAGUUGACAACAUUGCAACCAUGAUGGUCACCAACCAGACUCGUUCCGCGCGCGAUUUGGCACGGGGUACCUACAUCCACUUCCUCUUAGAGUAUCCGCAAGCCAAAAGCCGCUGGUCCAAACAGCUUGGAUUCCUCGCGAAAAAUCUGGACUACAAGCAUCAGGAAGGACGGCAGUCGGUUUUGGAGGCUGUCCAUUUGCUCUUGUCGAAGACCGGUGAAGAGAUGGCGCAGGACAUCAUCAGCACCUUCUUCUUGCCCGUUGUUCUCGCCAUGGCCAAUGACGACUCAUCCGAAUGCCGUGAGAUGGCCGGUGCAUUGCUUGCACAGUUCUACAGCCGAGCAGACAAGGAAAAUAUGAAGGCCGUCCUCACUCCACUUCACUCUUGGCUGGAGCAAACCGAAAACAUGGCCCUGGGUAGUAUCGGGUUGCAGGCUAUGCGGAUCUAUUUCGAGGCCGAAGAGACCGAGAAGGACAAGGAAGGACGCUUUGUCAUCCGCAUUCUUCCAAGUCUGAUGCUGUCAGUCCUUGAGGAUCAGGAAGAUGGAAAUUGGGAAACCCUCUACUUUGCAUUGCAACUUUUCACAAAACUCUGCAAAACCAAUCCAUCUCUUGGACUGAGCCCUGAUUGUGCCUCCAUCUGGGCGGCCAUCCAGGAAUCCCUGUUCUUCCCUCACGCAUGGGUCAAGACCUGCGCUGCCAAUCUUGUCGGCAUAUGGCUGGCUGAUGUGGCCAAAACCCAUUCUGCUGCUGGAUACAGCGAGAUCCCCUUGGCUGGCAGCUCUGGCCUUGUUCUGGACAAGGACGCCAUGCUCAAGCUACUCCGUGCCAGCCUGCGGUCUCUUCGCACUCCAGGUAUUUCCGAGGAGUUGGCAAUGCAAAGUGUCCGCAACCUUGUUUUCCUCGGUCGGUGCUGUGCGCAGAACGGCCUUGAGUUCCAGAAAACCGCAAUUGAAGAUGCCGAGUCUGAAGCUGAAGAGGAUGAUGAGGAUGCCGGAAGCGAUCUCGAUGGCGAAGACACCAAGACGAAUGGUUCGGGUUCGAAGCAGUCUGCUAUCCGCUACAUCUUUUCGCAGGUCUCCUCUCUCCUGCGCCGAGAGGUCAUCUCAACCAGGCCCAAUGUUCUCAUUCCGAAGACUGCUUCUGUCGCUCUUCUCGCUGCCCUCAUCCGCCACCUUGACGUCAAGCAGAUUUCCCCAUCUCUACCUUUCAUUCUGCUUCCACUGCAGCACUUGACCGAUCCAUCCAUUCCGGGGCCCCGGUCCACUGACGAGACCUUCCAGAAUACCUACAAGGCUCUUGUUUCCAACUGCCACGAAGUCUUGGACUCGCUGCAGAAGAAGUUUGGCACCACGGAGUACAUCGCCGAGAUGAUCAAGGUUCAAGAACAAAUCAAGGAACGUCGUGAAGGCAGACGUGCCAAGCGCCGGAUCGAGGCUGUUGCUGAUCCUGAGCGAUUCGAGCAUGAUAAGAGGAGGAAGAACGAGAGAAAGAGAGUGAAGCGCCACGAGAAGGGUCUAGAGCACCGUGGCAAGAGACGCGGUUGGUAA